AUGGAUGGUGCUCUUCAAAACGACAUCAAUUUCCAUCACUUCUACUUGGGUUGUGAAACCUCAGGACAUCCUCACAGCAUCUCUCUAGUCAACAUGAACGAUACUGUCUUUGUCCGCGAACGGCCCAAAGAACUAGCCGUGGUAUCUUUGAUGCGGCGCGACAAAGCUCGUACAAUAUACAUCGCUCGGGAUUGGGAUAAUUUUGCAAUUAUAAGCCACCAUCUGCAUACGGAGACUGGAAUUCGAAUACGUUUCGCAAGUGCUGAACCAUACCACUUCGCACAUAUCGAAGCAUGGCCACCGGGGCUCUAUGAUCGGAUGUAUAAACCAAUUUUAACUCGAGAGCUCCUACGAUUUUUUGGCUAUAUCAAAUUUGGCAUUUCUGGGCCAUCUCUAACAACACCCCGAGAUCAGCUUCCGAGUUUCAUUGCCGUCUAUUUUGGCGAUCUUGACAAUGGCGUUUCCGUUUGCCUGCUAGGAGGUGACCAAGCAGUCGCUUUGAUGACUUAUUCCAAAUCGAUAAGCGAUCUGAAUCCAGUUGAUACAGAAGCCGCGCUCAUGGCAUACUUCAGCGCACUAGUUGAGCAACCUAGACAAGAUAUCACACUUGGAGAUAGGUUGAAUGGACCUCUACUGCAUAUAUCUGUCACCGCAGACGCCUGCAGAUGGCCUAAGCGCCAUGAAUGGUCUCAGCGCCAGCAGGAUGUUAUCAAGCUUGAUCUUAUGGUCGAUUAG